AUGUCAAAUCAAAGAAAAUUUAAGCACUACGUUCAAAUUGUCAAUUGACAAUUCAAUUAUUGUGAAUUCCUGAAGAGCGAAAUACCAUUAUUAUUAAAUUGUGAUUAUUUGAUUUUUAAAUGACACAAUAGAAACCAAAACGAACAUAAAAUGGGUAUGCUUAAAAAGACCACUGGCCUAAUGGGUUUAGCAGUAAAUCCAAAUCCCCACCAUACAUUGGGCGCACUAUAUGGUAAAAUUUUAAGAACUCUACAAAAAAUGCCUGAAGAAUCUAUUUAUAGGAAAUCCACAGAACAAAUUGUGAGAGAGAGAGCUGCUGUUCUUAAAGAGACAAAAAAUAGUUUUGAAAUAGAAGCAAAAAUAAACUGUGGCCAAGCUGAAGAAUUAAUCAUCCAAGCAGAAAAUGAGCUGAACUUGGCCAGGAAAAUGCUUAACUGGAAGCCAUGGGAACCCUUAGUUUCCAAGCCACCCAAAGGACAGUGGGACUGGCCUCCAACUAGUGCUUAAAGUUUUCAUGAUAAUUAAGUCUCUUGUAGUGUUACUGUUUUCGGUUAAAAUUAAAAUAAAACAAGAAAAUAUC